AUGGGGAAAAAGAACAAUCUCCUUGAUAACUUCUCAAAGCGUCGCAAUGACCUUUUCAUGAAAGCCAGCAAACUUUGCACUCUUAAUGGUGCAAAACUUGCUCUGUUGGUGUUCUCGCCUGGAAAAAAGGCUUACGCUUUUGGUCAUUCAUCUUUUGGAUCUGUCAUUGAUAAGUUCCUUGGAAACAAGGCAUCACCUAGCAUCCACGGUGGCACUGAUCACCAUGUUGUUGCCAAUCACCAUGGUGAUAACAUUUCUGAGCUCAAUAAAAUUAUCAACCUUAAGAAACAAUUGGAAGCCAACAAAAAAUGUGAAGAAGUUCUUGUUCAGAUGAUACAAGAAGGCCAGCACAAGAAUUGGUGGCAGGCUCCAAUUGAAGAGAUGAAUCUGGAGCAACUUCUGAAGUUGGAGAAGGCACUGAAAGGGCUUAAAAGGAAGGUUCAGGAUGAAGUUAAGAGCCAGAUCAUGGCAGCAGGCAUAUCUCAGUUCUUGUUUGAGAAUGUAGUUUUGAAAAAUAUAAAAGGAAUGGAGAACGGAAAUAGAAGACAUGCGGCUAAUGGUAAUGGAGAGGCUAAUGGUCACGUAGAGUUUCCUAGGCCUAUCCAGUAUCGAGUUCUGGAUGGAGGAUCUCGUGUCCGAUAUUCGCCUUUCACUAGGUUUCUUCGUUGCCCUUGUAAGGAGACACAUGCCUACCCUAAUGAUCUUGUUCUGUCCAUUGAUGAUGAGCGCCGACAGUUGGUGGCUACUAAUAGGGCAUUAUUUUAG